AUCUUUUAGCCCUCUGAUCUCCGUUAGGCUCUCCCACAGUAGCGAACAAAGAAAAAUUGAGGAGUAGAGAUACAGAGAGAGGCAGUCAAACUGGGAGUAUAGGAUAUACAUGACACAGAUCAGCAGGUAAAGGCCUGGCUGGCAGUGAAUUGGGAGGCUGGAGGGGAUUUCCAUGUUUAGACCCUGCUGACUACUGCUGCUGGCGUUCCCAGUCUCCUGAGAGAUCUAUCGGACCCCCCACACCACCCAGCAGCUGCUCAACUGCUCAACAAGUUAAAGGCUGCAACUGCUGAACCACACCAUGCAGAGGAGUCCCCUCUCCGCAAACAUAGCUGCUCAGCAAAAUCAGAGUGAAGCAGGGUCCUCUAAUAACUUUGAGGCGUUAGGAUGCCACGAGCAGCUGGAUCCAAAGGACAGCCAGGACUCUGAGGACCCCAGAGAAUACUGUUAUGGCGGGUACCAUCCUGUCCAGAUAGGUGACACUUUCAACAGAAGAUACCAGGUGGUUUCUAAGCUUGGCUGGGGCUAUUUCUCCACUGUCUGGCUGUGUCUCGACCUCAAGCUGGGUCGGCGUGUCGCUGUGAAGGUGCUGAAGAGCGGACCUGGCUUCACCCAGGCAGGACAGGAUGAACUUGCUCUCCUACGAUGCGCAAGUGGUCCUACGAGCCGACAUCCCUUCAGUCAAAGGAUCGUUCAGCUGCUAGAUGAGUUCAAGCUGGCUGGGGUCAACGGGGUCCACAUGUGCCUGGUGCUGGAGCUGUUGGGGCCCGACUUGAGAGGCUGGCAGCUCUGUUUUGGGAAUCCUGGACUGACGCAGCCUUUGGUCAAACAAAUACUUACUCAGGUUCUGCAGGGCCUGGACUACCUUCACACUCAGUGUAAAAUCAUCCACACAGACAUCAAGCCUGAGAACAUCCUGCUGUGUCUGGAGGAGCAGUCCCACAAAGUACCAGCAGGGGACAGCAGCUGCUCCUCUGUACUGACUGGGAAAGAAGCCAAGUCCACAGGGAAAGAGCAGGUCAAUCCAUACAGGUUAAAGGACAUUACAGUGAAGAUUGCUGACCUGGGCAGCUCCUGCUGGGUGUACAAACAUUUCUGUGAGGAGAUUCAGACCCGUCAGUAUCGCUCACUGGAGGUUUUACUUGGAUCUGACUAUGGCCCGCCUGCUGACAUCUGGAGUGUCGCCUGCAUGGCCGUUGAAUUGGUCACAGGAGACUCUCUGUUUGAACCCAAAGCUGGAGAGAGCAUUUCCCUGGAGGAAGACCAUAUAGCCCAGAUCAUGGAGCUGCUUGGUAAAAUCCCCCCAGCUGUUGCCUUGUCGGGUAAAUACUCUGCAGAGUACUUCAGCCGCAGAGGUGACCUGCGUCGUGUUGGUUUACUGAGGUUCUGGAGCCUCUACGAUGUUCUGGUGGAGAAAUACCAUUUCCCGUUGGAGGAUGCCACUGGAUUCUCAAACUUCCUUCUGCGCAUGUUGGAUUACUAUCCGGAGAGGAGGGCCACCGCUGCACAGUGCCUCCGCCACCCUUGGCUGACCUCCUGAUGUAGCCUCCUAAAGGCCCCGCCAGCCUCAUCCCCAUCUGCAGUCCUCCGCAGACAGAUACUGCCAGCAGCUCGACCUGGCCAACAUCUGAUCAUACCAGCCACAGACUCAAUCUGUGAGAUGUUCAAAAUGCAGAGGGAAUCUUUGAGUUUUUAUACUAAAGGAAUCCAAAGAGCUAUUUAGAAGACUGUUUGUAUGUCACUCACAUUUAUUUGUGAAAUCCUGUGGAAUGUGAUGUUGUCCUUAUUCAAUACCAGGUAGAGAAUAGGAAGCUCCAUUUAGCACUUUAUGCUAAGGCUUUUUUUAUAUAUAGAUCUUCUCAAGUGUAGACCAGAGAGGAGAGACUUGACUUGAUUGCCAGAUCUUUGAGUCCUGUAAGUAGAAGCUCUUUUGAGGAGAAAAUGAUUCUGUGUCAUCUCUUGCCACACUGACAUGCCUGACACUGCGAGCCAGUGUGAACUUUCAGUGCAGCUAUUAUUUGGAAGAAUUGAAUGUUAAUAAUUAAAGUGAUUAAAAAAAAGUGUACAUUUUAUGAUUUUCACAUUGUAUGUACUUUAGAGUUUCUUUUCUUUUAGUUUACUUUUUGUAAAGUGUAAUGAACAGCCAGAUU